GGAUCGAUUCUAGCCCCAGACGAAUCAGUUAGGCGUACAGAGAAGGGGUAACAGCAACAAACGCUUAUUGCUGCUCUAGUCAAGUCAGUCGAUCAGAGGCAACGGACCACAUAUACUCUUCUGUUAUAACAUCUCUAUCCAGUCGCGGCAGAGCGAAUCUGUUUUAAGUCGCUGACAGUCAACCGCUUCAUGGUGUAUAUAUAGCUGGGCGCUGAAGUUUUAGGGAGAUUUGCCGCGCAGUGUUAUAGUCAGCCGUCUGAACUUUGCGGCAAUGUACGACUUUGCAUGCUUGAGAUGCACUUCCACGUGCCUGCUACAUUGCAAUAUUAGAAUCAAAGCUAGGACACAAUGUUACAAAUGAGAAUGGAAUGGUUACCGGAUAUGAGAUAGCCGUCUUCAGAAUGGAACCGUGAUAAGAGUUGCAGACCGCCGGUGCCUUUAAUACCAUUGCGAGAUUCGCAAUGCACCCAGUAUUGCGGCUGAAAUCUCUGCUAUGAGAACCAGCGAGCAAGCAAGGAGUUGCAAAAGUGUAUUGAGAUGAACUGGUUUUUCAUUCCUACGGUAUCAGAGAGUUUAUUGCCAGAGAAAACAGCAGGGUUAUAAUUUUGACACUACGGAAUGGUUACCAGCUAACUUGUGAUAACAAUGAAGACCUGGAAAUGCAUUAGGCGCGUGACAGCUUUUGUUCUCGGAUUUACAUUGUUAUACAUGAUUCUGGAAUUACAUUUCAACCCUGGUCAACGACCAGGAAACAGAAUACAGGAAAAAAAGGGAGAACAGUUUCAAACACUGCAAGCGAAAGUCUCAAAUUUCCAGCUGCUAAAUAGUGUUUCGUCUUCAGUGAUGGUAAGAAGUAACAAUUUGAGCGAUUACAUUCGAUCAGUAUUUUGUAACAAAGAUACUGCCCCUUUGAACAUCUCUUCUCCCAAACUUAUCCCGAAUGGGGAAGAGAUCGCUGGCAAAGAUGUCAUUGUUUUAGUGAUCUCUUCUCCAGUACAUUCUGAGCUCCGGGAAGCCAUUAGGCGAACUUGGGCAAACAGCAGUGUGGCUGGAGUAGCUGUUAUCUUUGUACUGGGUCUUCACUGGGAUAUUUACUGGAACACGGUGCUCACAAGCGAACACGAACGGUACGGGGAUAUUCUACAGCUGUUCACCCCGGACACCUACCGGAACCUGCCGGAAAAGAUACUGCUGGGCUUUCAUUGGGUGAUGGACUCCGUUCCACGUAUAAAGUAUGUGGUCAAAUCAGACGAUGAUGUGUACCUCCACCUGCCCAGUGUGUUCUCUGUGGUGAGAAAUGUCUCAGUUGAUGUUAUUGUUGGUGCUUAUAACCCUCAGUCUAUCGUUUCCCGGAACAUUAAAGACGAAUGGGGCGUGUCUAAGGACGUCUAUCUGCCGGACUAUUUCCCGCCUUACGUUUCUGGCGGAAGUUACCUAAUGUCUGCUCAAGUGACCAGACGGAUAUUCACCUCAGUGUCCAGAUGUCGCCGUCUCCAUAUUGAGGACGUGUUUAUCACAGGUGUUUUGGCGGUAACUGCUGGGUUGGGACAUCUGCCUCACCCUGGAUUCUCCUUCUGGGGGACCCCUAAAGCUCAGCCGUGUGACAUGAAGGCGGGUAGAGUGAACAGUGUUAACAUGGGAGUUAAACAGAUUUAUAAAUUACAUAACGGAUUGUUAAACCUGGACCUUAAAAAUGAAAAGAAUAACCAUGUAUGCAAGUUGAAAUAAAUGCUGGGUUGUUUGGAUAUUGUUAAUUCAUGUUGAUUAUCACAUUCUACAAACUUAAAGUUUUAUUUUGUUUGCAAAAUAACGCUCCCAGGGAGAAUUUCCCACCUUACAAGCGUGGUUUUCACUACGCUGAACAUCAGGAAUCGCAAGAUUGGUGGUUUGGUAGAUACUACUUUUAAACGCCAAAAUCCAUAAC